GCAAGCAAUCUUCCAUUCCAUCUAGCCAAUUUCCUGAGAAAGAAUUAAUGGCGACCAUUCCAUCAAAAAUCCAACUCUCUACUGAUUCUCGCUCUUAUAGCUUGCCAUCUAGACCACACCCCAUAAUGUCACAGGUAGAUGAGCAUCUAAGCAGGUUGAGGACAUCUGAAUCUGCCUCUACAUCCUCAGCAAUCAGCAAACAACUAGGUGGCCUUCAAGAUCUGCAUGAAUGCAUAGGCAAGCUGCUUCAAUUGCCACUAACUCAGCAAGCUUUAGCCCAAGAGCAGAGUGAGAAGUGGGUCGAGGAGAUGUUAGAUGGAUCUUUGAGGAUCUUGGAUGCAUGCAGCACAGCCAAGGAUUCCUUGUUGCAUACAAAAGAAUGCUUACGGGAACUUCAAUCUAUUAUGCGCAGGAAAAGGGGAGGUGAAGCAGCAUUUCUAAAUGAGGUUAGGAAAUACUUAGCCUCUAGGAAGGUGAUGAAAAAGGCAAUUCAGAAGGUGCUGAAGAAUUUGAAGGGCACGGAAAAUAAAUACAACAGUGAUGAUCAAACUCUUGCCAUGAUUAGCAUGUUCAGAGAGGUACAAGGGGCUGACAUCACCUUGUUUGAGUCCUUGUUGUCCUUUAUCUCUGCAGAAAAGGUACAACCAAAGGCAAGCAAGUGGUCUUUGGUUUCCAAGCUGGUGCACCAAAAAAGAGUAGCAUGUGAGCAAGAAGCGGAUGCAAAUGAAUUUGCUAGGGUCGAUGCUGCACUGCAAUUCCUCAAUUGUCAUAAAGACUGCAAUAGCCAAAUUGAGAAUAUGCAAACGGAGCUGCAAAAUCUGGACUCCUGCAUUCAAGAUCUUGAAGAAGGACUUGAGUCCCUCUUCAGAAGUUUGAUAAAGGCUAGAGUCUCCAUUCUUAACAUCCUCAAUCAUUAGAAAAAAAAAUAUGUGAAGCAAAAUCAAAUGUUAAGAUCAAAUAUUUCAGAUGUAACUUAUUUUUAAUAAAAGUUGCAUAGUCUU